AUGGAAACAACGAAGCUAUGCCUCUUUCUCCUUCUCGUCUUUGCCACCGUUUCUCCUCCACUCUCCUUUGCCUUCCAUGAAACCUCCGACGGUUCAUCUCCUUCCCCUUUCGACGAUAAUUCUCAAUACAGCUUUUUUGGUGGAGACUCCUCUGAAGCUAUGACUGAAGAUAGUCGACGACAACUUUUCCAAUAUGGGUUCGCCUAUAAUGCGGAAGCUCGCAAGAGGGUUUUGAGCUACUAUGCACUUAGUAAGAAUAAUAUCCCUUGCGGCCGUCGUGGUACCUCCUACUAUGAUUGCAAGAAGCGUAGAAGGAUUAAUCCUUAUCGUCGCGGUUGCGCUGCCAUCACUGGAUGUGCUCGAUUCACCGAUUAAACAAACUUCUGAUGCUUGUUGAAUUGGUUGGUCUUGCUUUUAUCAUAACGAAUUGAUCUGAUUGGUCCCCUUGAAUU